AUGAAUAUCGCCACGGAUGAGUUCGGCAAUCCCUUCAUCAUACUGCGGGAGCAGGAAGAGAAGAAACGCCUCAAGGGUGUCGAUGCGCACAAGGCUAACAUAACGGCUGCAAAAGCCGUGGCAGAUUCUCUGCGUUCCUCAUUGGGUCCUAAGGGCAUGGAUAAACUCGUGGUAGGCCCCGACGGAGACAUCACCGUGACGAAUGACGGCGCCUGUAUUUUGGAUAAAAUGCAGAUCAAGCAUCAGUGCGCAAAGCUACUUGUGGAGUUGUCGCGUUCCCAGGAUGCAGAAAUCGGUGAUGGCACUACUGGAGUUGUUAUCCUUGCGGGAAAUUUGCUAUCGGAGGCCUUACGUCUAAUAGAGAAGGGACUGCACCCGCUUCGCAUUGCUGACGGCUUUGAAGCGGCGGCGCAGAUUGCAGUUGAAGCCCUUGAGAAGGCGGCGAUCCAGAAGGACGUUUUGGACAAGGAUCAGGAUCUUCUGCGGCAGACAGCCAAGACGGCACUAGGUUCCAAAGUGGUUAGCAGCUGCAAGGAGCGCCUCGCGGAGUUGUGCGUUGAAGCUGUUCUUGCGGUGGCUGAUAAGGAAAGGCGGGACGUGAAUCUCGACAUGAUCAAGUUGGACGGCCGCGCUGGUGGCCUUCUUGAACAGUCGACCCUAGUUCGGGGAAUUGUGCUUCACAAGGAUUUGAGCCAUUCGCAGAUGCCAAAAGAAAUUAAUGAUGCGCGUAUCGCAAUCCUCACCUGUCCGUUCGAGCCUCCCAAGCCGAAAACCAAGCACAAGCUAGACAUCAAGAAUGCGGAAGACUACAAAAAGCUUCAGGCCGCCGAACAGCAGUAUUUCAAGGAUAUGAUUCAGCGCGUCAAGGAAGCUGGCGCUAAUUUUGUGAUAUGCCAGUGGGGCUUUGACGACGAAGCCAACCACCUCUUCCUGGCCGAGGGCGUGCCAGCGGUGCGUUGGGUGGGAGGCGUAGAGCUGGAGCUCGUUGCCAUUGCAAGCAAAGGCCGAAUUGUUCCUCGAGUCUCAGAACUUGAGCCGAGCAAACUUGGGAGGGCAGGCUGCAUAAGAGAGAUCUGCACGGGCACUAUGGGUGACAAGAUGAUCGUGAUAGAAGGCUGCAGCAACUCACGAGCCGUCACGCUGGUGGUCUACGGGGGCAAUCAAAUGGUAGUUGCUGAAGCGGAGCGUUCGGUGCACGAUGCACUUUGUGUGGUCAGUGCCCUCGUGAGGGAUGGUCGAGUGGUGUCGGGGGGCGGCGCAUCGGAGAUUGCUGCAGCAAGAGCAGUUGAAGCGGCCGCAGACAGAAUCCCUUCCGUCUCUCAGUAUGCAGCUCGCGCAUUCGGGGAGGCGUUGCUCGGAGUUGCUGAAGCUCUGGCCGCAAACUCUGGCCUUAGUGCCAUCCAAGAAGUACAGCGUGUCAAGGCCAUGCAGCAGCAGCAAGACUGUCCUUACUACGGAAUCGAUUGCAUGCAAACCGGUACGAACGACAUGCGCCAGCAACAAGUUUGGGAGCCCUUCGCAUCCAAACAGCAGCAGAUUCUGCUGGCCACACAGGUGGUGAAGAUGAUCCUAAAGAUUGACGACGUUAUUACACCCAACGACGAGUAG